UCCCCCAGAGAAAAGCUCGGGAAGUCAGGAUAAGGCAUUAGAGCCUCUUUCUUCUCGUCUUCACAUACGUACAGCCACCCGCCCACCCCCGACCGUAGGCAGCACGCAGUGCAGCACCCCGGAGCGGACACCGCCGACCACCACGCCAAGCUAGCCAUGGAUCUCCUGCUCCUCCCGUGUCGCGCCGCCAGCGUGGCGGAUGGUGGCGCCCCCCGCGGCGUUCCUGAGGUUGCUCGACCGCGCGGCGCCCGGGGACGCGCCAGCCUGGGCCGCCGCCGCGGGCUCGGCCCUGCUGUUCGUGGCGGGGCUGCUCGGGGUCCACUACGGGUUCCUGUCGUCCAGGUGGGACGCAGCGGAAAGGGGAUCCGUCCUGGGAUGGGACCUCGCCGUUCGGCACUGGGAAGUCCUGUCCAUGGCUAAGGAACACUCUUCGUCAGUGGGCGAGAAGGACGACGACGACGACGAGGAGUACGAAGAGGAGUACGAGGAAGAGUAUGAAGUAGAUGACGAUUAAUUAAGGUGUAGAUGUGUGAAUAAUAAGUGUUCCAAUUUCACUUUUGAGUAAUGUUAGUUUCUACUGUUACCUUGUUGACGUUGACGCUGAUGCAACGGCGGAACCUGAACAUCUGAUUCCAAUCUUAGCAAUAGGAGUACAUGACAUGUCAAUUGCCUGGGCUCCAUGCCUCCAUUCUGAAUGUUGUUGCCAUUAUCAGGUCGGCUGUUCGGUUACGAACUAAGACAAACAUACCAUAUAAACAAGGGAAUAAUGUGUUUCUGCCCC